AUGAUCUCUUUUACAAGAAUAAUUUAUAUUUCGUUUUUGGUCGUUUUAGGGCAUGCUAUCAUUGAUGGUUCUUUUAAAUCAUAUGUCUUAGGUUUUGUUCCCUUAUGGGGUAGUCAUUCAGGCUUUUUAUUACUUCAAAAAUAUCAAGAAAUUAUCAAUAUAUUUGGUAUUAAAGAUAAAAUUAUCCGAUUAGUUAAUGAUAAUGGAUUGAAUAACAUAAAUGCAUUUAAAGAUCUUGUUAUUCCAGGUUUCGAACAGUACUUUACUGAAGAUGAUAAUGAUGAUUCAAAUGAUGAGGAUAGCGGUAAUUCACAAUUUUUAACUGUUGAAAGUAUUUUAGCUAUACCUACUCUUGAAUUAAAUGAAAUUCUAAUCGAAUUAAAACAUUCACAUCUAUGUUUAAAUGUUCGUGAUUUAGCUGUUUUAAAUGAAUUGGUUGCUUUAUUAUCAUUACUUGCUGAAGUAACAACAACUACACAGCGUGAUAAUUCUCCAUCUAUUUCUCUCGUUGCUCCAAGUAUUCUUGCUAUUUAUUUCGAUUUAAAAAAUGAAAAAAAUAACAUUCAACAUACAACAACGUUAUGUAAUGCUUUAAUUUCUUCUUUGUUAUCACGAUUCGGUGGUCUUUUGGAACAAUUGGAAAUUGACGUUAAUGAAACAGGUAUCGAAUUUAAAAAGAAAAACCAGUUUUAUGAUCUGUACAAAGAUCCUGUUUUCCUUUUUACUCUAUUUCUCGAUGGCAUGUUCAAACUUAAUUGGAUUACUGGAUCUUUUCUUCCUGAUGCAGCUAAAGAACGUAUAUGUGCAAGAAUUAAAAAACUUAUAUUUGAUAAUGGUGUUAUUAUUGAAUAUACUAAAGAAGCUUCUGUUCCAGUGGACAUCGAACCGGUUCAGGAAGAACAAGUUCACGGUGCUGAAUCAUCAAGUCCAAGUGCACUCAAAAGGAAACGCUUAUUUUCAAAUAUUCAUAACAAUCAGAAAUAUUCAAAAAAAACAAAAUCAAUUGAUUCAAACAAUUAUAUUAAAGAAGAAAUUUCACGUCACCUUUAUGCUAGUAACAAUGACAACAUGAUUCUCUUAAAACCAACAGCGUCUAAUUCAUAUAACACAUUAGCUAAAUUAGCUACAAAAUAUUUAUGCAUACCGGCUACAACAGCCACUGUCGAACGUGUUUUUUCUCAAAGCGGUUUUCUUUGCCGAGCUCAUCGUGCUCGGAUGAGCCGAAAAACCCUUCAACAAUUGACGUUAUUGAAAUGUAAUUGUGAAACUUAG